AUGGCAACUGGAGGGUCUGCCCAGCUGUGCCUAGCACUGCUGCUCAUGUCUCUGGGUGUCAUGCUAACAGUCAUUCAGAAAUCUGUAGUGUCCUUGAACUCACCAUGGAUUAGAAUACUUACAAACAAGAAAAUGACUCUUACAUGAAAUGGGAAUAAUCCCCUUCAGAACUACUCUACUAAAUGGAUCCACAAUGGCACCAACUAGGUGACAACUUCACAUUUGGAUAGUGUGAGUGCCACCAUUCAAGGCAUGAAAGAUACCUGCAGGCUGGUUCUUCAGACCUCUGCUGAUGUGGUGCUGGAAAAGGGGUCCUCCCUCAUUAGGAGCCAUGGCAAGAAGAACUAUGCCCACCAGAUGAUCUACUACAAGGAUGCUCAAGUACUUGCUCUCAAGUACUAUGAUGAUGGUCCCAACAUCUUCAUUAGAAAUGCCACACUUGAUAACAGUGGCACCUAUGACUGCUCAGGCAGUCUUCAUUGGGUCAAAUAUGGUUGGCUACAACUAAUUUUCCCAUUGUUGGUGGUGAUUCUCUUUGCUGUGGACACAGGCUUAUUGCCUUCAACCCAAGAACAGUUCAAAUCAGUCUUGGAGAUUCAGAAACAUAGAAAAGGCAACAAGUUGAAACCAAAAUCCUAA